AUUGCGUUGUAAAGCAACUGGAUAUUGUGUUCAUGCAAAAGGAAGAGAGUUCAACUGUUUCCAAAAAUAUUCGUUCAGGUCGUGAAUGUCCUUAUAUGGAUACCAUCGAUAGAACAGUAUUGGACUUUGACUAUGAAAAAUUGUGUUGUGUCACACUGGAAAGACACAAUGUAUAUGCUUGUCUCGUAUGUGGAAAAUAUUUUCAAGGAAGAGGGCCCAAGACACCAGCUUUUGCACACGCUAUCGAAUAUGACCAUCACCUGUUUAUUCAUUUGGAAACAGAAAAAGUUUAUUGUUUGCCUGAAAAUUAUCAAGUGGUGGACCCAACGUUGGAAGAUAUAAAAGCUGUGUUGAAUCCUCGAUUGGAUAAGGCUCAGGUGGAAGAAUUGGACAAACGAAUUGUCAAGUUUCGAACGUUGGAAGGGAAAAUUCGUUAUCAGGGUGUGUUGGGAAUGAGCAACUUGCAAGCUACCGACUAUAUCAACGUUAUUUUACAAGCACUCGUUCGAAUCAAACCUUUGCGCGAUUUCUUUCUAUUGUAUCAAAUGGAUAAACAAGACACCAUAGAACAUCCUUUGAUUGCUUCAUUUGGAGAAUUUAUGCGCAAAUUUUGGAACCCGAGACCUUUUCGAAGUCAAAUCUCGCCACAUGAGUUGGUUCAAGAAAUUGUGAAAAGAAGCAAGAAACGAUUUCCUAUUUUACAACAAGGCAAUCCAGUUGAGUUUCUUGCUUGGUUUUUGCAUUCAUUACAAGAUGACUUGAUGAGAGCAGGUCAAAAACCGUUGAUGAAGAAUACAUUUGAAGGACAAAUGGAAAUAGAAACUUUUCAAGCAAAUGAAAAGAGUAGUCAACAAUUAAUCAAAAAGGAUCACAAAUUGUCCCAAUUUCUAUUUCUUAGUUUGGAACUACCUCCCAUGCCAUUGUUUAAGGAUUCUUUGGAACGGAACAUGAUUCCACAGGUUUCAUUAGCUUCAUUAUUGAGUCGUUUUGUACAACAAGAACUUCAUCAUGAUGUUCAAACGGGUCAUUCUUAUCGAUAUCGUUUGCGAAGAUUACCUUAUUGUUUGAUUUUAGUGAUGAAGAGAUUUGUCAAAAGUAAUUUUGUUUGGGAAAAGAAUAUUUCGAUUGUUCAUUUUCCUAUUCGAGAUUUGGAUAUGACAGAAUAUCUAUCGAUGUCUUGUCCAGGAAUAGAGAGCAAUGGUGUUGUUUAUGACUUGACAGCUGUAGUGAUUCAUGAUGGUAAGCCCAAAGGAGGUACAUAUCGUUGUUAUAUUCGACACAAGGCAUCAGAUAGUUGGUUUGAAAUACAAGAUUUGCAAGUAAAGGAGGCCAUUCCACAAUUGGUUUCAUUAUCAGAAGCUUAUAUUUUGUUUUAUGAAAAGAAAUAAAUAUUUUGAUACUCCAAAAGAAAAAGAUGAAAGGAAUAGUGUUGAUUCACUUGGAUGAAAUCAAGGCUAUUUUAAAUACUUUCAUGAGAAUAGUGAUAAAGACAAGGUUCACCAG